GAAAGAUCGAGUUUCAUUCAUUGUUUUUCAUUUGUCUUCUGGUUCAAGUCUCCCCUGCACACUUCUGGGUGGCUAGCGACCUUGUUUCAGUUUUACUUUGAUUAUUGCUCUACUUCUCACAUUCAAAAACCCAUACGAAAGAGGUUCUCUACACUGUUUUAGGCGGAGAAUUUGAAGGAGUAAUUAUACCUUAAUAUAUAGUCAUGGUGUUUCUUCUUGAAAUUGGUACCGGAAUUGUUGGGAAGUUUGCUGAGUACAUGGUUGAACCUAUUAUACGCCAAGUGGGUUAUGUAAUCUAUUACCACAGGAACCUCAAUAAACUACAGACUCUAGUGGGUGACUUGAAUGAUGCAAGACAAAGCAUGCAGCAUGCUGUUGAAACAGAAGAAAGAAAAGGUAAAGGAAUUGAAACAGGUGUUCAGAACUGGCUGACUAAAGUGGAUGUUAUGAUUAAAGAAGCAAAUGACUUCUUAGAAGAUGAACACCAUUCAAAGACCAAGUGUCUCCAUGGCUUUUGUCCUAAUAUAAAGCUUCGCCAUCAUCUAAGCAGAAAAUCAACAAAAUUUGUUGAAGAAGUUGCUGAGCUCUCUAGGAAAAAGGAUUUUGCCAAUAUUUCAUACGACGUCAAACCAGAUGAGGUGUGCAGCAUAUCUACUAAAGAUUACCAGGCCUUCGAUUCAAGGACAUCAGUUGCGAAGAAAAUCAUGAAUGAACUCAGACAAUCUAAUACCGACAUGAUUGGGGUCUACGGUAUUGGGGGUGUGGGGAAGACAACACUUGCUAAAGAAGUUUAUCGGCAAGCUACAGAAGAUAAAACGUUAUUUGAUGAUGUUGUUAUAGUACUAGAUGUAAAAAAGAUUCCAAGUUUGGAAGGAAUUCAAAAAAGAAUUGCUGAAAAUUUGGGAAUGGAAUUUCUCGGAGAUGAGACUAUAGACAGAAGAGCUAGUCGUCUUUGUCAAAGGAUAAAAGACAAGAGAGUUCUGGUUAUUUUGGAUGACAUACAGGAAAAAGUUGAUUUGGAGAUUGUGGGACUUCCACGGGUGUCAAAUUGUAAAGUAUUGUUGACAUCUAGAACCAGAGAAGUAUUAUCGAUUGAGAUGCGUACACAAAAGGAGUUUCAACUUGACCUUUUAAAUGUAGAAGAAAACUGGAGUUUAUUUGAGAAGAUGGCAGAUGAUGUUGUUCAAAAUUCUGCCAUACGAGAAGUAGCAACACAAGUAGCCGAAAAGUGCGGAGGUUUGCCGGUUCUAGUGGUAACAGUUGCAAGCGCCCUGAAGAAUAGAAGUACAUUACAUGACUGGAAAGAUGCCUUGCGACGCCUAAAAAUAUUUGACAAACAAGGAUUUACGGAAAAAGCAUACUCGGCUCUGGAGUGGAGUUACGAGCAAUUAGAUAAUGAGGAGCUUAAGCCAUUGUUCUUGCUAUGUGGAGUUAUGAGGGAUGAAUAUAUAAAUCUUGAUGCCUUGUUGAAAUGUAGUAUGGGCUUGGGUUUGAUUAAAAACGUGGAGACAAUGGAAGAAGCACAGGAUGCCUUGCAUUCACUGGUGGAAAAACUUAAAGAUUCCUGUCUGUUGCUACCGUACAGUGAUGAUAAUGAAUUUGUCAGAAUGCAUGAUCUUGUUCAUGAAGUUGUAAACCGGAUUGCCUCGAGAGAUCAAUACGUUUUCAAAGUUGCUAUUGGAGAUGAGUUCAAAGAAUGGCCAGCUAAGGAUUUCUGUACAAAGUGCACUAUGAUCAUUCUCAAAAGAUGCAGUAUCCCCCAUCUUCCUGAAGGUUUGGAAUGCCCAGAACUGAAAAUGUUUAACUUUUCUAGUAGGGAUGUUGAUCACUACUUGGAAAUUCCCAGCAACUUUUUCGAAUGGAUGAAGAAACUCAGAGUGUUGGACUUCACUUAUUUGAAUAUGCCAUCACUACCUCCAUCUCUCCAAUUCCUAAAAAGUCUUCAGACAUUGUGUUUGGAUGAAUGUACUUUGGGAGACCUAGCUUUGGUUGGAGAGCUAAAAAACCUAGAAAUACUUAGCCUUUUAAAUUCCAAGUUUAAUAAGUUGCCCAAAGAAAUUGGGCAAUUGACACGUCUGCGAUUGUUGGAUUUGGAUGGUUGCUUUCAACUCAAAGUGAUUUCACCUAAUGUUAUAUCAAACUUGAUAUGGUUAGAAAACUUGAGAAUGGCUGACAGCUUUAACCGAUGGGAGGGUGAAGGAGUCAUCAGUAGUGAAAGAAGAAAUGCAAACCUUGAAGAGCUAAAGCACUUGCCGCAGCUAACUGCAUUAAAAAUACAUAUCCCAGAUGCUAACAUCCUUCCAGCAGAUUUGUUCACCACUAGUAAGCUAAAGAGAUUCCAAAUAUAUAUUGGUUCUGCUUGGAGAUGGGAUAAUGUGGAUGAAGCCCUCAAUGCACUAAAGCUUCAGCUAACUUCUAGCAAUGAAUUGGACCAAGGUCUAAGAAUGUUGCUUGAAAGAACUGAAGCCUUGUACUUGGAGGGGACUGAGGGUGUUAAUAGUAGCAUAAUCUAUCGUUUAGGUGUUGAAGGUCGAUUUCAGAAAUUGAAGCAUCUCCAUGUCCAGACGAAUGCUGAGUUUAUGUAUAUCGUAAAUGGGAAGGUUGGGUAUCCCAACUUAACAUGGUUGGCGGUGAAUGAUCUCAACGGUUUAAGAUUCUUGUUAUCAUCUUCAAUGGCUAGAAGCCUUGCACAACUCAAACGUCUUCAGGUAUCAGGAUGUCGAAUAAUGGAAGAGAUAUUAUCAAUAGAAGAGUCUGAUGAAGAAAUUGUAGACAACUUGUUUUGUCAGCUACAAGAUCUGGAGCUAAAGAACCUUCCAAAUCUCACUAAAUUCUGCUCAAGAAAUUAUUCAUAUCCAGCCUUUGGGAAAUUGCAAUUAGCGGAUUGUAUUAAAACAAAUGCAUCUCAUGAAGAAAUUGAAGAGACAGACUCAACUAGAAACCUUGACGUUGUGAUACAACACGUUCUUUUUGACAAUAAGGUAGAGUUUCCAAACUUGAAGAUGUUAUCCAUUGAUGGCCUAGCAAAGUUGACGACAAUAUGGAACAAUCAACUUUCUCUAGAGAGUUCAAAAAAUCUAGAGAAAAUUAAAAUUGUUUCGUGUGACAGUUUGAAAAGUAUUUUCCCAAUUUCGAUGGCUAGAAGUCUCGAGCAGUUAAAAAUGCUGAUAGUGAGUAGUUGUGGAGUGCGCGAAAUCGUUGCAAGAGAGGAGGGACUACAAACAAUACCUAAGUUUGUGUUUCCUAAAGUAACAAAAGUGAUUUUUAGAUUUUUGUCCAACCUCACAAAUUUCUACCCGGGGAUGCAUGUGUCAAGCUGGCCGUUGCUCAAUCAGUUGAAGGUGAUGCAAUGUGCUAAAGUCAAAGUGUUUGCUGCAGAAAUCUCAAGUUUUCAAGGACAUAAUGAGCCAGAACGUCUCAGUGUUCUUAUCUCGCACGUUCUCUUUUUAAUUGAGAGGGUAAGAGUACAUACUUAA